AUGUCACUAAAAAGAGACAAUUCUAGAUCGAAGGGAGGAAACCCCUAUUCUAUUCUUUAUUAAUCAAUUUCACCUCAAUAAGGAAAUUAUGAGGAUUUCUGGACAACAGAAUGA